AUGAGGAUCCUGUCUCUUCUUCUGUUGAUUCCGGCUUGUCUGGCCCUUUCUCCGAAGCCUUAUCAAGAUCUCUACAACUCCACCGCCGUUGUUGAUGUUCAGGUACAUUUUAGUCAUGUGAAAAUUGAAAAAAGUAGCCGAAAAUUCAUAUACAAAACGCCGUCGGCUCAAAAAAAACUUUUUAACAAACUGAAGCGAUUUGAAUUUCGAACAGUCUGCUCUAUCAGAUGGUAAGAUUCAACUAUGCAUUUUCUUUUUCCGAUUAUUGGCUUGUGGAAAAAUGGUAAGAUCAUUGAAAAUAUAGUCGAUUCACGGCUAGCUUGAGACGCUAGGGGCGUGGUUUGUCUGUGCUCUUCACCAACCAGACACUAUCUCCUUUCUUAUCGUGUUAGGACCCUUUUUCACGAUGAACCGCUUAUACGCAGGGGGUACAUUGAAAAAAGUAGUUACCAUUUGUUUCGAAGUAAAUUUUCUUUGAAUCCGCGAUGAAGCUGUGAAGAAUUUUAUCACGGCUCAAAAAUUUUUGUUGUUUCGAUGACUACAGAAACUGUCGGUUCAAAAAAAGUUCAAAUUUGAAAUUUCAAGGACCGCAAUUAUAGAUUCAAAAAAGAGGAAGGCCAUUAUUGAAAGGGCUUCUCAAAAAACCAAAAAAAUAAAGAGUAGUCGAAAAAAAACUAGAUUUUUUUGAAUAAGUUGCAAGUUCAAAAUUUAAGCAAAAUCGCGUCAGCGGAGGAGGAAACCCGACCGCGAUUUGCAGAGAUUCCGACCUGGCCAGGUAAAUCUGUCAUUCGCCAUUACUUGAAGAAGUCUGACGCGUCUGCGCCUCUUUUCUCUCUCCGGUAACAUGAAAAAAAUUUUCAAAGGCGCGGAAAACGCGCUAAACUUUUCCAAUCCUACUUGAAAAAAAAAAGAAAAAACUCCUCGACGACUUUCUGAACCUUCAGCUUCAUCAACAACUCGCUGGCGCGCUACAUCCAUGACAUGAGCUCCCUGUCGACCGACAUUCUCAACCAGGUACCCGAGGAAUCGCGAAACAUCACGGAGUUUUGUUGCAGAUCAAGGUGAAGAAGAGCGGAACGUGGCUGGUGCACGCCGAGGUCAUCUCCAACCAGCGUCAGGGCCCUGAUUGGCAGUCGGUCAGCAACGGCAACAUCUUCAGCGGCAACUACUACUACGGCUGCUUCUACCACGACACUCAGACCUACAUCCUCGUUCUGCGUCUUUAUUAA